AUGACAGCAAGCCACCGUGAUGUCGAGUUUAAAACUCUAGAUGGUUUGACUUUGAAGGCGUGGUUCUACCCCGCUGCUGCAAAAGGGCCCUGCAUUAUCAUGAGCCAUGGGUUCGCAGGAAUCAGACACCACAACCUCUCCCACUUCGCCGAGUGCUUCCAAGCUGAAGGCUGGAGUACCCUCGUCUACGACGACAAUCGCAACUUCGGGGACAGCGAGGGCCUCCCAAGAAACGAAAUCGAUCCCACAUUUCAGGUCAGAGAUUAUUUCGAUGCGUUCGACUUCGCGGCUUCGCAGUCAGAGGUUGAUGGGGCAAGGAUAGCAUACUGGGGCACCAGUCUCUCGGGCGGGAAUGCCAUUUGUGCUGCUGCGAUAGACAAACGUAUCAGAGCAGUUGUAGUCCAAAGCCCGUUCGUCUCUGGCGAACACCAGACUGCGCCGCUGGCAGCUAUGCUGCCGGCAAUCUUCGCAAACCGGACAAGUGUGCGAGAGGGGAAAGCGUCGGUGAUGGUUCCCGUUGUACCGGCAACGCUUGAGGAAGCGGAGAGUGGGAGGUCGCCUGCGGUGUUGGGGACAGUGGAGACGUUCCACUUUAUGAACGAUAUGGAAAAGUCGGGCGGAGAGUGGAAGAAUGAGGUUACGCUGCAAUCAAUGUUUAACCUCAUGGCCCAUGAGCCUAAAAGAUUUGUGCAUAGGAUUGCGCCGACGCCGUUGUUGAUGGUUGUUCCUGAGCAGGAUACGACGGUUGAGACGAAGGCCCAGCUUGAUAUGUAUCGGCUUGCUUUGGAGCCGAAACAGAUUCAUCUUGUAAAGGACUGUGGUCAUUUUGGUAUAUAUGGCGGUGGGGUUGGGUUUGAUGAGAAUAUCAGGGUUCAAAUAGAGUUCCUGAGGAGGAUUUUGGAGUGA